CGAGGGCGGAAGGCGAACAGUUCUCGCACAUGUUCAGGCGAGUCAAGCGGCAUUUCACUGUCUAAUGUGUGCGGCCGUGGCAGUUGAUCUACGGGCACAGAGACCGUACACAUCACGCCAGUAUGGCAUCUCACACAACGUCAAGGCGAACUUCACGAUCACCUUUGGCGAGAGGAACGGCAAGUUGGUGAUGCAGGUGACUGCUGGCGGGUACAUGUAUGUACCUGUUGCAGUGUCGACUGCAAGAGUGAGCGGACACGGGCUUGGCUAGCGUGAGUGGUAUUGGCGAAGCCGUACUUUGUUCUAUCAAUUGCUGAAGGUUUUGUAUCGUGAGGCUCACUCACGGGCGUGCAUCGCUGAGUCGACCCGCAAGGUGAGUCGCGCGUUUUUCUAGCAUUCAUGUCCGUCUCUGACGCUCUAAGCUCUAACCUUUGAACACAGUUCACAUUACGUCUGCUGUUCAAUGGUCCAUGGUAUCUGGCAUCCUCU